AGUAAAUAGUGAAGUGUGUCUCGCGUGUGGCCUUCGAUUUUACUUUUUGUGUAGAAAAUUUGCAAAAUUAAAUGUGCAAAAUAUAUAAAUAACUAAAAGCGAAAAAUAAACAUAAAACAUGGACGCCGAUCAGCCAACAUUACAACUCGACCAAUUGAACGAACGCGAGCUAUAUGUACAAUGUAUUACGAAGCAACUGGAGGAGGUCGACUUGCUCUCAUCGAUCUACUGUACGCCCGGCGAAAUGCAUAUACUCGAUGCGAGCGUCAUCAGCGACUUCAAUGAUUUUCUCAAGACGCCCACUGUCGUGCCCACCAACGUGUUAAAGGCACAUUUGGAUUAUAUAAUUACUGUGAGCGUACUGCAUGGCAAGUCCAAGGAGAAAGUGGAUAUACGCAUUGAAUUGCCGAAUCUCUAUCCGCUGCUGGAGAAUGCGAUUGUAACGAUAUUUAGCACGCUUUUGGGCAAAGCUAAAGAACAGCAUUUAAAGCGUGAAAUUGAAAAGUACAUAAACACAAUGGAUAAGAGUGAAUGCUAUGUAUUUCAGGUGGUAUCCUGGUUACAGGAUGAACUGAAUGACCUAAUCACGCGUGAUGCUGGCGAAUUCGAGUUGAAAAAGCAGGUGGCGGCCGAUGAAAAUGAGAGCGCAUUGGAAUGUGAGCGCCUAUGGAUUUACUCGCAUCACAUUAAAUCGAAGAAAAAGCGGCAAGAGAUUCAAAGAGUGGCACGCAAUAUGGACUUGAGUGGAUUUUCGCGUCCCGGCAAGCCGGGCAUUAUAUGCGUCGAGGGCUUGCGUGCGCACACCCAGGAGUUUUGGCGCAUAAUUAAAGCUAUGCACUGGCAGCACAUCACUAUUUGCAAGAGCGAACUGUGGCAGGGUAAAUUGGAGCAGCGGCGGCGUUUCGAUGGUUUCAAAGAGCAACUCUUCUGCGACGAUCUGGAUAAUGAGGAGGGUGUAAUGAAUAUGGCGCUAUUUAUAAAGUAUUUGGAAACGCACAAAUCGGGUUAUAUGAAGAAAGAGCUCUUCGGUUUGGAGUAGAUACGUGUGUGCGUUGAAGGAAAAAAGCAAAGAGGCUGACAAAGCACACCUAAAAAGUAGGAGAAA